AACGCUCAAAUCCCUUGAGCAAACACUUGGUUGGCAUUCCGCAUGAAGGCGAACAGUGACGCCAAUACUGACAGUACCAGCUGCUGAAAUAGCAUUUUCCGAAUGGCGGGAGGCGGAGGACGGCCGUUGCGGGCGCUGAACGUGGCGGAGAAGCCUUCGGUGGCUAAAGCGGUUUCUGGUAUACUUGCGAGGAAUCCAUCAAGCGGCGGACUGAGAGUGAGGGAGGGGCGGUCCAGAUACAACAAGAUAUUCGAAUUCAACUACGCCAUUCAGAACCAGCAGUUUCACAUGGCGUUCACUUCCGUCACCGGCCAUCUCAUGGAGGUCGAAUUCGAGGAUCGCUAUCGGAAAUGGCACUCAUGUGACCCCGUCGAUCUCUACCAUGCCCCCGUCAAGAAACAUGUGCCUCAUGAUAAGUCAGACAUUGAGAAGACACUCGAGGAGGAAGCUAGAAAGUCUCAGUGGCUUAUCUUGUGGCUUGAUUGUGACAGAGAAGGAGAAAAUAUAGCAUUUGAGGUGGUAGAAGUUUGUACCCGGGCGAAUCGCAAUCUCAACAUCUGGAGAGCUCGUUUCUCUGCCCUGAUUGAUAGGGAAAUUCAUUACGCUGCACAGCACCUUAUUCGGCCUAAUCAAUUGUUUGCUGAUGCUGUAGAUGUUCGACAAGAAAUAGAUCUUCGAAUAGGUGCUUCUUUCACCCGUUUCCAAACUAUGCUUCUGAGAGAUGCAUUUGUCCUCGAUUUCACUACAGAUGACAAAAAUGUGAUCUUGAGCUACGGUCCUUGCCAGUUCUGGGAAAUCCAAUCACAUGAACCCGAAGAGUUCUGGACUAUUAACUGUACUCAUAAUUCUGAAGAAGGCACUGCUACAUUUAAUUGGAUGCGCGGGCAUUUGUUUGACUACACAUGUGCAACAAUACUAUAUGAAAUGUGUGUUCAGGAACCCACUGCUACUGUAACAAAUGUUAGACAGCAGGAGAAGCCUAAAUAUCCUCCUCAUCCUUUGAGCACAAUUGAGCUUGAGAAGCGUGCUUCACGUUACUUCAGAAUGAGUUCCGAACAGACCAUGAAGGUAGCAGAAGAUCUAUAUCAAGCUGGUUUUAUAAGUUAUCCUCGUACGGAGACUGAUUGCUUCUCAGAGAGAACAGAUCUGCAUAGAAUUGUACAAGACCAGCAAGCACACCCAAUAUGGGGCUCAUACGCCCAGCGCUUGCUGGAUCCUGAAUCAGGUCUUUGGAGAAAUCCUAGUGGUGGUGGACAUGAUGAUAAGGCACACCCACCUAUUCACCCAACAAAAUUUUCAUCUGGAGAAUCUGGAUGGAGUCAAGACCACCAUAAAGUGUACGAAUUGGUCGUUCGCCACUUCCUGGCAUGUGUUUCUCAACCUGCCAUAGGAGCUGAAACUACAGUUGAAAUUGACAUUGCUGGUGAACAAUUUUCUGCAUCUGGGAGGGUCAUAAUUGCUAAAAACUACUUGGAUGUUUAUAGAUUUGAAACAUGGGGAGGUUCUGUGAUUCCGACAUACACCUAUGGGCAACAGUUCACCCCUACAACACUGACUCUUGACUCAGGAGUUACCAGACCUCCACCUCUUUUAAGUGAAGCUGAUUUACUAAGUUGUAUGGAUAAGGCAGGUAUUGGAACAGAUGCAACAAUGCAUGAUCACAUAAAAAAGCUUCUUGAUCGAUUUUAUGCCACUAAAGACUCAAGCAUGCGUUUCUCACCUACGAAACUUGGUGAGGCACUAGUAAUGGGAUAUGAUGACAUGGGUUAUGAACUGUGGAAACCAUAUCUCCGUGCUGCAAUGGAAAGUGAUAUGAAAGCAGUUAGUAUGGGCACGAAAAGUAAAGCUGAAGUUUUGGAAGCUUGUCUACAACAAAUGAAAGCCUGCUUUCUCGAUGCUAGAUUAAAUAAAGGAAAGCUUUUUGAAGCCAUGGCUGUUUUCUUUGAGAGAUCGAACAGAUCUAAUGGCAAUGAGCCUUAUGCAAUUGGGGAUGUUCUCCGAAGAUGUGGUCUUUGCCAGGAAUCAGAUAUGGUGCUCAGAAGAAAGCCGGAUGGAAAUUUCAUGGUUGGGUGCUUGGGCUAUCCGCAAUGUAGGAAUGUCGUGUGGCUUCCUGGGUCUGUAUCCGAAGCAGCAGUUACCUCAAAUAUCUGCAGUACUUGCUCCCCAGGCCCUGUUUACAUGAUUCAAUUUAAAUUUCGUCGGCUGGAAAUACCGCCAAACUACAAUGUUGAUCAUUUGGGUUGCAUUGGUGGGUGUGAUAAUACUCUAAGGCAGCUAGUGGAAAUCUGUGGAACUGGUUCCCGCAACAACUCCAACAUGCCUGGAAGAGGGCAAGGGCAUACACAAUCAUCAAGCAGUGCCCAAAGUAAUUCCAGAAGUCAGGGUGCUUGGCAUACAGCGCAUUCUUCUAGCUCAUAUACUUCUCAGAGUUCACGAGGUCGUAGUGCACAGACUCAGGAUGCUGCUGGAGAAGAUGGAGAAUCCUCAAUUCCAUGUGCAUCCUGUGGGGCACCAUGCAAUUUGCGCACAGCUAAUACUCCAGCCAAUAGAGGAAGAAAGUUCUAUUCAUGUCAAGCUCAAGGCUGCAACUUCUUUAUUUGGGAAGAUAAUGCCAACAGCGGAGGAACAGUCCCACGAGGAAGUACCAGCAGAUCAGCAUCUACUUCCAGCAGGAGAGGUGGUCGUGGCAGGAGUAACCAAAGUCGAGGACGGGCAAAUGAUGUAGCAUUCGUUUCUGCUACUGGUGAGCCCAUAUCCGGGAGGUGCUUUGUUUGUGGCGAUCCAUCACACUUUGCAAACGCUUGUCCUAAUCGGGGGAGGUAAUGCUUCAAAUUCCGGAUUGGGGCCGGUAUAACCCAUAACUUGAAAUUAAUGCGCAUUUGGUCAUACUAAAUUUACCAUAUCUUAUGUUUAUCAACUUGAACCAUUUGCUGGUGAAUUCUAUAUUAUGUGAAGUGCCAAUCAAUCAUUUUUUAAACAUCUUAAGAUCAUUGGUGCUGCUUAAAUGGAUGU